UCUCCUUCCUGCAGAGAGACUCCUGCUGAAGCCAGAGACAGAUCAUCUUGCCUUUGGGGGAACUGCUCUGCCUUCCCUGUGAAGCUCCAGAGCCAUGCCUGCCUCAGAGCUGUACACCAAGGGGGCGCGCGUGUGGGUGCCGGACGCCGAGACCGUGUGGGCGUCGGCCCAGCUGCUGCAGGGCUACCGGCCCGGGGAGAGUGAGCUGUUCCUGCAGCUGAGUGACGGCAGGGAGGUACGGUACCCCGUGACCGGCCCGGGGGCCCUGCCCCCCCUGGGGAACCCCGAGAUCCAGGACGGGGAGAGCGACCUGACGGCGCUGAGCCACCUGCACGAACCCGCCGUGCUGCACAACCUGCGCCUGCGCUUCCUGGACUACAGCUGCAUUUACACCUACUGCGGUAUCGUGCUGGUCGCCAUCAACCCCUACGAGCAGCUGCCCAUCUAUGGCGAGGAGGUGAUCGAUGCGUACAGCGGCCAGGACACCGCUGACAUGGACCCCCACAUCUUCUCCGUCGCCGAGGAGGCCUACAGACAGAUGGCCAGAGAGGAGCGGAACCAGUCCAUUAUAAUCAGCGGAGAAUCCGGCGCUGGCAAAACCGUCUCUGCCAAGUUUGCCAUGCGAUAUUUCGCAGUGGUCGGGGGGUCAGCCCAGCAGACCAGCGUGGAGGAGAGGGUACUGGCCACUAACCCCAUUAUGGAGGCCUUUGGGAACGCAAAAACGACCCGGAAUGACAACAGCAGCCGCUUUGGCAAGUACAUCGAGAUCGGCUUCGGCUGCCAGGGUGACAUCAUCGGGGCCCACAUGAGGACCUACCUGCUGGAGAAGUCCAGAGUCGUCUUCCAGGCCCCAGAGGAGAGAAACUACCACAUCUUCUACCAGCUGUGCACCUCCUGGGACCUGCCUGAGCUCAGUGCUCUGCGGCUGGCGCCUGCGGAGCAGUUCCGCUACACGAGGCAGGGCGGGGGGGCAGCCGGGACAGCCGACGGCGCGGACCUGGAGCGGACACGCAGGGCUCUCGCUGUGCUGGGAGUGCAACCUGACCAGCAGAUGGAGCUGUUCCGGAUCCUAGCAGCUCUUCUGCACUUGGGAAACAUAGAGAUCCGAGCCAGCUCCAGAGAUGGCGAGAGAAGUAGCAUCAACGCAGAUGACGUUGCCCUGGCUGUCUUCGUGAAGAUGCUGGGCGUGGAGCGAUCUCAGAUGGCACACUGGCUGUGCCACCGGCGGCUGGUGGUCGCCGGGGAGACGCUGGUGAAGCCGAUGCCAUGGCAACAGGCAUGCGAGGCGCGGGACGCCCUGGCCAAGCACGUGUACGGCCAGUUGUUCUCCUGGGUCGUCCGGCGGCUCAACGCUGCACUGCGGGCACCCCGGAGGACACCUAAAUCGUUCAUCGGGGUCCUCGACAUCUACGGGUUCGAGAUGUUCGAGAGGAACAGCUUCGAGCAGUUCUGCAUCAACUACGCCAAUGAGAAGCUGCAGCAGCAGUUCACCCAGCGCGUCUUCCAGCUGGAGCAGGAGGAGUACGUGCGCGAGGGGAUUCCCUGGAGCCGGGUCGAGUUCAGCGACAACCAGCCCUGCAUCGCGCUGAUCGAGGGGCCCCUGGGGGUGCUGGACCUGCUGGACGAGGAGUGUCGGAUGCCGAAGGGGUCGGACGAGAGCUGGGCCCGGAAGCUGUACGAGCAGCACCAGAACCAGAACCCCAACCCACAUUUCAGGAAACCAAGAAUGUCUGACACAGCUUUCGUCAUCCUGCACUUCGCUGACACGGUCCAGUAUGAGUGCGAGGGGUUUCUGGAUAAGAACCGGGACACCGUGUUUGAAGAGCCCAUCAAUAUUCUGAAGGCCAGUCAGUCUGAGCUGGUAGCAGAACUGUUCCAGGAGGAACCAGCAGAGGGAGCCCUCACCCUCCAUGGACUGAAGUCUGUUUUGCCCAAUGGGAGCCUGCGUGCGGGGAGAAGGAGUGGGCUUUCUACAAUUCGAGAGUACAAACAGACAGUGGGGUUUCAGUUCCGGCAGUCCCUGCGCCUCCUCAUGGACACGCUGAACUCCACCACGCCACACUACGUGCGCUGCAUCAAGCCCAACGACCUCAAGCAGCCCUUCCUGUUUGACCCCAAGAGGGCGGUACAGCAGCUCCGGGCCUGUGGGGUUCUGGAGACGAUCCGGAUCAGUGCCACUGGCUACCCGUCCAGGUGGUCCUACCCAGAAUUCUUCAGCCGGUACAGGGUUCUGAUUCGUGACAGGAAGGCGGGUCACGGGGACCAGCAGGCUGUGUGCCGCCGGGCCCUGGGGGAGCUGAUAUCGGACUCGGAUCAGUAUUGGUUCGGCAAAACCAAGAUCUUCUUCCGGGCCGGACAGGUGGCCCUGCUGGAGAGGCUACGUGCUGAGCGUCUGCACACAGCCUGCGUGACCAUUCAGAGCCGGGUCAGGGGCUGGCUGGGCCGGCGCCGGUACGGGCUGAUCUGUCAGGCCACCCUCACCCUGCAGCGAUACAUCCGGGGAGCCCUAGCCAGGAGGCUGGCCCAGCUGCUCCGGGUGUCCCGGGCAGUGCUCCUGAUCCAGAGGACGUUCCGCAUGGUCCAGGUGCGCCGGCUGUACCUGCAGCUUCGCUCGGCUGCCGUCACCAUCCAGGCGGCCGUGCGUGGGGCCCUCGCGCGCAGAGCCUACAGACAGCUGGUGGCGCACUGCGCGGCCACAGUGCUGCAGGCGCGAGUGCGUGGCUGGCUGGCGCGCCGCGGCUUCCUGCGUGUGCGGCAGGCGGCGCUGUGCCUGCAGUGCUGCUACCGCCGGCUCUGCGCCCGCCGGGAGCUGAGGCGCCGCAGGGCCGCCGCGCGGUCGGUGGAGAGGUACCGCGAGCUGCACAAGGGCAUGGAGGUCAAGCUCAUCCAGCUGCAGCGCAGAGCGGACGAGCAGGCCCGGGAGAGCACACUGCUGAGGGAGGCCCUGGGUUCAGAGCGGGCGGCUCACCGCGCAGAGCUCGCCCGGCUGCAGGGGGCGCUGGAGAGGCUGCAGGAGCAGGGGCAGGGGCGCUCAGCCCUCGCCCGGCUGCAGGAGCAGCGACAGCAGGAGGAGGAGGAGCAGAGGAGGAAGGCGGCGGAGAGGGAUACGCAGGAGAUCGCCCGGCUCAUGCAGGAGGUCCAGGCCCUGCGGGAGGAGAAGGCGGCUCUGGAGGCAGAGAGGGAGGCUCUGUGCACCCGUGUCCUGGUGCAGGAGAGCAGUCUGGAGGAGCGGGUGGCCCAGCAGGUGGCGCGUUCCAGCUCCUCUCUGCAUGCCGAGCUGGAGGAGGAGAGGAGGCGGUACCAGGGCCUGCUGAGGGACUUUGGCCGUCUGGAGCAAAGAUACGACAACCUGAGGGAAGAGGUUAUGCUGGCUGAGGUAGGUGCCCUGAGCUGUGGAGACUGAUACUGCAGUUCCCCAGGCUGCCACAAGAGGGAAGCAGAGUGCUGCUCACUCUGUAGUCUGUCGGCGUGUUUGAGGUGACCCAAGAACCUGUUUUGUUACAUUGCAAGAGGCAGCCUGGUCAGCUGUUCUGCAAUUCAAGAAUCUAGAUGGUGAGUUGUUUUCCGUUGGAGGCUAUAGACUGUACAAUCUUUUGUUAGCUUCUCACGUUGGUUUAGGAACCCCUCUGAGAAGAGCUAGGAACCGUGUGACUCCUGCUACAGUAGUACAGAUGGCUGUGGGAUUCGCCCCGCCGUGUGAGAAUGUGUG